AUGGAUUCAGUUCUCCACUACGCGGAUGAACAUGUGUUUGAUGCUUUGUAUGCAAAGCUCAUUCCAACCAGCAUGGCCGCCAAUGCCACUUCGGAAUUCGCCAUUAACUGGACACGCGAUAAUGUCCUACGUCAAUCCCUGUCCAUCUUCAUCAUGGUCACCCUCGGCGGCUGGUUCUUCUAUCUAGCCAUGGCCUCUUUCUCUUACUACUUUGUAUUUGAUCACGAAACCAUGGAUCACCCUAAAUUUUUAAAGAACCAAGUGCGUCUCGAAAUCGAAUGUGCCGUUUCCGCCAUCCCUGGAUUUUCAUUGUUGACGGUGCCUUGGUUUGUUGGUGAAGUCAAUGGUCAUUCUAUGCUUUACGAUGGCGUGCCUCAGGAUCUGAAGGGUUGGUUAUAUCUCGUGGCAAGCGUUCCCACCUUUUUAUUCUUUACCGACUUUGGUAUCUACUGGGCUCAUCGAUGGUUGCAUCACCCUCUACUCUAUAAGAGAUUGCACAAGCCUCACCAUAAAUGGAUUGUUCCCUCUCCUUUUGCAUCACAUGCGUUCCACCCAGUGGAUGGUUACAUGCAGUCGGUUCCUUAUCAUCUGUAUGCCUACUUGGUGCCUAUGCACAAGUGGCUCUAUGUGUUCAUGUUCGUCUUUGUCAAUUUCUGGACCGUCAUGAUCCACGAUGGUAACUUUAUCUCGCACUCGCACAUCAUCAACACCACCGCCCAUCACGCUGUGCAUCAUUUAUACUUCAACUACAAUUACGGCCAGUACUUUACUUUGUGGGAUCGUCUGGGUAACUCUCAUCGUCAACCCACCGAUGAACAGUACGACGCCAACUUACGUAACGAUCAAAAAGUCAUGGCCAAGCAGGCCAGAGAUGCCGAACUCAUUGAAGCUCAAGACGAAUUGAAGGCCAAAAAGAAAGCCCAAUAG